AGUCAUCAUGUUCGGCUUCUAUCACCGACUCGUUUUCCAGGACAUUCGGUUGCCGUGUUGAAGUGCCAAACGUCCAGUCGACCAUAAAUUGGGUAUUGAAGUGCGCAAGGCCUCGCAGCAAAAGCAAUUCGUGAUCACAAUACUCAUCCACACCUGCAACAAUGGCUUCUACCUCGGCUUUCGACUCUAGCACCCUCUUUAGGGUUGAUGGCAUUGUCGCCGUCAUCACCGGAGGUGGCAGUGGUAUUGGUUUGAUGAUGACGCGUGCACUAGCGUUCAACGGUGCAAAGAAGGUCUACAUCAUCGGACGACGUCUUGAGAAACUUGAAGAGGCUGCCAAGGAGCACGAGAGCAUCAUACCAAUUCAAGGCGAUGUGACCUCAAAACAAGAUCUUCAAGGCGCCGUUGACAGAAUCACUAGCGAGGUUGGCUAUGUCAACCUUAUCAUCGCCAACUCUGGCGAUAUUGGGCCCCCAGUCCGAUACAACCCAGACGACUCAAUUAAAGAACUCCGUGAGAAACUCUUCACGAACUUCAAACCGGAAGACAUGACGAAUACGUUGAACCUUAAUGUCACUGCUGCAUUUUUCACUAUGACGGCCUUUAUUGAGCUUCUUGAUGCUGGCAAUAAACAGGCACUUUCGGGUGGGUUUGGAAAACCCGCAGAGGGUAGCAAGGUACCUUUGAUCCAGAGCCAGGUCAUCUUCACGAGCAGCAUAUCGGCGUUCAGCAGGCACUCGUCCUCAUCAGUUCCGUAUGCUGCCAGUAAGGUGGCCAUCAUGCAGAUCGCGAAACACUCCAGUUCCCAGCUGUCUCGCUACGGUAUCCGCGUGAACGCCCUCGCGCCGGGCCUCUUUCCGUCAGAGCUGGCUUCCGUUCUGAUCAACACAAGAAAGCCUGAAGAAGAGUCGCCAAGUGAUCCAAGGUUCACCCCUUCGCGGCGCUUUGGAACGGACGAGGAGAUGGCUGGCGCCAUACUCUAUCUAGCCAGUCGAGCGGGUGCUUUUACCAAUGGGACCGUCUUCACGCUGGAUGGUGGCCGGUUGUCAGUCAUUCCGAGCACAUACUAGAUAGAUGCGUGGAUCAAUUAUCACCUCCUUCCGCUAGAACAUCUCUUCUUAGAUGAUGUCUGGACACCUAGACUAUGGCAGAUGGGGCACAUGAAUCAAUUGAGUGGCUGUGAAUGGAAAAUAAGGAGCUUCCUGUCCGUGACAGACUUGUACUUCGUCGGGGUGCCAAGAUGUCGAGCGUUGAGACGUGCGCAGGUGCAGGUGCCGACUAAUGU